CUUCCGGUUGAUUUCCUAUGAGCGCUCCAUGCUAAAAACGUCACCUGAGCACCGUAGCCUCGUAGCAUCGCUAACGUUCAUUGGCUUCAAUUGGAUGAUACUGUAAAAUCCGCCAAUUAGGAAUCUCUACCCGCCCGGUUCCGUUAUGGUGGAAGCGGAUCCCCGGAGCGGGUGAGCACACCCUACAAAACGAAAUACAGUGGACUUGCAGGAUGUCAGAGAAUAACCGACAGUUCUGGAAAAGGAGUACAAAGCUUCCGGGAAGUAUUCAACCAGUGUAUGGGGCCCAGCACCCACCUUUAGACCCUCGUCUCAAUAAAAGUUAUAUUUCUGAUCGUUCAAGGCGACAACCACUUCAUUUGAAAAGCAGAAAAGCAUCUAGUUUUCAUGAGUUUGCAAGAAAUACUAGUGAUGCCUGGGAUAUUGAGGAUGAUGAUGAUGCUGAUGAUGAUGAUGGAGGAGGAGAUGUCCUGUAUGCUUCACCCUAUCAGACUCUUAACUCCAGGGUUGCUGAAGUGACAGCUGCACAAGUUAUAGAGAGCCACCUCAAGCUACGGGAGGAGUCCCCUUGCCAACCUUCUGUUACAAAAUCUGUCAGUGAAGAUCAUCUCCACAGGGUCACUGCAGAUGAUUUACCACAGAAAAAAUAUUUACAUAAGCAACAGUCGCUCCCGCUGCGUCCAAUUAUACCACUGGUGGCCAGGAUCUCUGACCAAAAUGCUUCAGGAGCACCACCAAUGACCGUAAGGGAGAAGACCCGACUUGAAAAGUUCAGGCAACUCCUUUCUUGUCCCAACACUGAUCUUGAUGAACUAAGGAAGUGCAGUUGGCCAGGUGUUCCACGUGAAGUACGUCCCACUACUUGGAGACUUCUCUCGGGCUACCUUCCAGCUAACAAAGAAAGACGCAUGUUAACGCUUCAGCGUAAGCGCGAAGAAUAUUUUGGAUUCAUAGAACAGUAUUAUGACUCGCGUAAUGAGGAACAUCAUCAGGAUACAUAUCGGCAGAUUCAUAUUGACAUUCCAAGGACCAACCCAUUAAUUCCACUUUUUCAGCAGGCGAUAGUUCAGGAGAUCUUUGAGAGGAUCCUGUUUAUUUGGGCAAUUAGACAUCCAGCAAGUGGAUAUGUGCAGGGGAUCAAUGAUCUAGUGACUCCAUUCUUUGUGGUUUUCUUAACUGAGCAUGUGGAGGAAGAUGUGGAAAAUUUUGAUGUUGCCAGCUUAUGCCAAGAAACCCUCCGCAACAUAGAGGCUGACAGCUUUUGGUCAAUGAGCAAAUUGCUUGAUGGCAUCCAGGAUAACUAUACAUUUGCUCAACCUGGUAUACAGAAGAAGGUGAAGGCACUGGAAGAGCUUGUUAGCCGGAUUGAUGAACAGGUACACAAUCAUUUUCGGAAAUAUGAAGUAGAGUAUUUACAAUUUGCAUUUCGUUGGAUGAAUAACCUUUUAAUGAGAGAACUUCCUUUACGCUGCACCAUUCGACUCUGGGACACAUACCAGAACCUGAAGGGUUUUCUCAUUUCCACCUCUAUGUUUGUGCUGCUUUCUUAAUCAAAUGGAGGAAGGAGAUUUUGGAAGAGACGGACUUUCAGGGUCUGCUUAUGUUGCUGCAGAAUUUGCCAACUAUCCACUGGGGAAAUGAAGAAAUUGGACUCCUCCUUGCAGAAGCAUACAGAUUAAAAUACAUGUUUGCUGAUGCUCCCAACCAUUACCGUCGGUAGAUGCCAAAUCACUGUGCCCUUAUACUCCAAAAAAAAAAAGCACUCUUUUUCUUUAAAUUUUGAUAGAUCCACGUGCCAGUCACUCCUAGAUGCUAAUCAGCACAUACGUACUUAGCAAUCCAGUCACCAUCAUACUGCAUAAACACACUAUAAACCACAUCUGUAAAAAAUUCAGGGUUAAUAGUAUGUAACACUGCAUAAACUCAUCAUUGUUCGGCAAAUUCGCAUAUCUGCUGUGCAGUGCGCAGAUGGUACUGUUCUACAUGCAGAUUUUGCCAUGUAUUUAAAAAGACAUCACUUUGCAUUAUCCUUGGCACGGUAUAAGUCCUAGAGUAAGUAUGUGUAUAUAAAUCGGUCUUUAUAUGUAUAUGGACAAAGGUGUACAAUAUUGGGAUUUAUUGUGUGUAAAAUGUGGUUCAGUUUAUCCUCUUAAGCAUGUGCUUACCUGUUCAACAACAGGUUGCAGUCUAGUUCAUAUUUUUAAAUAAUCAAAGGCUUUGUUCAUCUUUAAUAAAAGAAUUUCAGCUUAUCAUUUGUUGAAAUGUUUCUUUUUCUACCCUUUCCAUCCAGGCUACUUGCCUGCUUAUACCACGUGAAAUAUCAAAAAUGUUCCUGUUAUAAGGUUAUCUGUAAAAAGAAAAAGUGACAGAAAAGUACUCCAAAUAUAAACACUUCAUUGCUUUAUUAAUAAUUUAAAUGUGGCAUUUAAUUGAUUAAUGAACACACUACUAUACCAAAAGGAGGCUUCCAACCUAUAUAUAUAUAUAUAUAUAUAUAUAUAUAUAUAAUUAAUUUGAGGGUUCGGGUUUACUCCGUUCAAUUAGCCACACAACUCAGAAAACCUUUAAAAAAAAUCUUCAAAAGAGUCAGGUCACUCACUGCUCCUUAUCGGUGGUCUGGGUGCAGUGCCCCAGACCCGCAGCACACCAGGGCAGCGGUGAAGGCUAUACAGCUUUAUUCAUAAAUACAUCCUAGGAUGUAUUUAUGAAUAAAGCUGUUUAACCUUCACCGCUGCCCUGGUGUCUGAUUAAGUGCGUGCCACAUGGUGGUUUGAUUCGGCAUUUUAUUGAUUAGCCUAUAUUUCCAUUUACUAUACAAUUUAAGGCAUUUUAAGGUUAUGCCUUAGAGCCCUUACACUAUGGGUUUUUUUCUGCCUGGUUGUACCCACAGGCCUUCAUAUAUAUGUUUUUUUAGUACAGGUGUCUUCAUCUGUGUUUUUAAAACAACAUUCUGCAAUUUUAUGCAUUUGUAGCGAGUUUAAAAUACAUUAAAAUAGAAGCAUGCAUGAUGAACUCCAAGAAAAAACACUUGCAUUAAAUAUUUCUAAAUUACCUUGUUAAGUUACUGCUAUUGCUGGUGUUUAUUCCAGCAUGCAAAGAUAUCGUGAAAGCAGCAAUGUACAGUAUAAUCAUCCCGAACAAUGAAAAAAAACAACAAAGCAAAACUUGAGGAGUGCUAACUUUUAUCUAUAUCAAACAUUUCAUACAGUAUUGACUUGGGGGGUAGUGGAUAGCAAAAGGUUAACAGAAAAGAAAGGUAACCAUGUUGAAGACGGUACUAAAAUAGGGUUUAACAUUCAUCUAGAUGUUUUAAAUUUUGUUAAUUUGUAGGUCUUUUGAUAUAUUUGAAGAUUGUCUAAUUUAGCUUUCACCAUUUGUAUAACUUGGGUACCUGAUUUCCAAGCUUUUGCUAUGAAUUGUUUAGCAACAGAAAAGAUGUGUGCUAUACUUUUUAUGUUAGGCUUUUCCUCAGUGAUAAGCCUGCAACAUUUGUUAUACGAGCUGCUAAAUUUAGGGAAGUCCCACGAAAUAUGCAUAAAGCACCCAUUUUUACUACACUUCCUAAAACAUAGUGGGGAGAAAGUGUAUAAUAUUUUCUCUUGCAUCGCUUAGUAUGCAUUUCAUUUGACAUACCUUCAAAUGCCAGUGUGUAAUGGCUCUUACUGGGAAAAUUAGACUUAAGUAUCUUUAUUGCAUGAAAUAAAUUAAAGGUGGAAAAGCCGUGAUUAUUUAAAUACAAUUUCUUUUUGUAAUGAACCUGCUAUUGAUUUUGACAUUAAAGAAUGAAUCCAUGAUAUAUUUUUUUAAA